UGGUUUUGUGAUGUGCUGGACACUUCUAGUGUAGGUCGGCUGUCAAUAGUUUUAUACACUCACUUCUCGCCCAAUAAGGACUAUCUAGUGUGUCAUGUGGCGCUGAUGCUCACUCUCUCUGGACAGGUCACUGAGACUGGACAAACUCUGGCCAAACAGUUCAGCUUCAGGCUGUGCACACCAGACCUCGUCAUCACUAACCCACUGCCCUGUGUGCUGAAGAAUGUCAUAUUCCGGACUGAAGGAUUGGAAAUGCAGCAUGUCAAAACCAUUCACUAUGGUGAUAUUCUCUUUCAGCGUCUGACAGAGACAGUUGUUCCCAAACGGUCCGGCCCACAGAAGCUUCUAGCAACACUUGACUGUCUUCAGCUCACUCAGGUGCAAGGAGUCGCAAACAUCCUGGUCAAAGAUCACUGAAUAAUCUUCACUUCAUCUAAUCAGUGCAAAUAUCCACAUUCUUAAAACAAUGACAACUGCACUGUGGAUUCAGUAUUUUAUAAUGAGAGCAAAAUGUGUUUGACCUAAUCUGCAAUACAAGCAUGAUGCUUUUCGAGGUACUUAUGCUAGUUAGCCUUUGCUUGUAGAUCUAUGCCGAUCAAUAAAUGGAAAAACCAAACAUUUAUUAUUUA